AUGGAUGAGGUUUUCUCUGAGAGAGUUUGCAGUUAUCAAGAUGUCCUGAAUUUUCUCAACUUGACCAGAAACAACGAGAGAUACACAGUGAUUCGCCCUGUACUCGACUGGACACGACCCACUUUGGUUAAUAUGGACAUGCACCUCUGUGCUAUUUUAAAUGUGACUUGGAAGAAUGAACUGAUAUCCUGGGAUCCUAAAGACUUUUGUGGCAUCACCAGAGUGACUGUGCCCAGAGAUCUGCUUUGGAUACCAGACCUCUACAUUUUUGAGUCGGUGGAAAAAGACGAUGAGUACGUCAACCCAUAUCUGUCUCUUUCCUAUGACGGAAACGUCACUCUUGAUGAAGACUUCAAAUUAAUCAUCAAUUGCAAAAUGGACGUCCACAAGUUUCCAUUUGACACUCAAAGCUGCGAUAUCUCUUUUUCUUCCUGCUGUCACACAGUAAAUGAGCUAAGGUUCCUGCCAAUUUCGAAUUCAACGAAGGUGACACGCACCUCAAAGGAAAUCCUGCUGUCUCAAGGCGAAUGGGAAUUCCUCAACAUGUCCGUUCGGACGCACAACCUGUCUUUCCACGAGCACGGUGACUGGAACAUAGUUCAAUACACGGUAUCAAUACGGAGGAAACCCUUGUUGCACAUCAUCAAUUUCCAGUUGCCCAUCUUAUUCUUCCUCAUACUAGACUUCGCUUCCUUUUUCAUCAUGGACAGCAGGAGCGAUAAACUGAGUUUCAAAAUGACCCUGCUUCUGGCGAUCUCCGUUCUUUUGCUAAUCCUCAGAGACAUUCUCCCGUCCAAGUCUAACAAAACUCCUCUGAUAGCCACUUAUGUGAUCGUGAUCUUUGCUUUAAUGCUACUGAGUGUCCUGGAGACGAUUCUGGUGAAUUACCUGAAGGAUAUGGAUUCGGCACGGCAAGAGUUCAUAACUGAGAGUGCACCAGGGUCAGACAGUCCCUGCACCAAGCGUCUUUCGGCUGCUCAUCUCCAAAGCUGUGAGACAGAGAAGAACAAGAGAACGCCCAGUGAUGUUUUCAUCCCUUCCUCAGGGGGGAAUUCUCCGUCUGGUUCUCCGACUGUGGUGGAGUUGCAUACACGGGAGAAAGUGACCGAAUCACAGUGGCUUUGUCUGAUCCUGGAGGAAUUACAGAAGCUGAGACAGUCUCUCUCUCCCUGCUCUGCAGCGAUGGCUGGAAAACGUCCAUACUGGACACAAGUGGCUGACUACGUUGACAGAGCUUUCUACGUGAUCUAUCUUCUUUCAGCCCUGCUGUUCCUUUUCAUCCUCUCUCUAGAAUGGAAAAACUGA